GGGACGGGACGGGCUCUCUGUCCGCUCCGCGAGGCGUCCCCGCACCGCAGCCCCGCAUCACCCGCCCCGCAUCCCGGCACCGACCCGCCCGGGUGAGGCUGAGACUGUCGAGGGGCUGUGCACCUGCUCCCGGAGCGGUGACGGGAGGACUGACAAACCCCAAGUGCCAGCCAGUCCCGGCGUCCAAGAUGUCAUUGAAGGUGCAGACGAGCAACAUCACGAACAAGAAUGACCCCAAGUCCAUCAACUCCCGGGUGUUCAUCGGCAACCUCAACACGGCCGUGGUGAAGAAGUCGGAUGUGGAGACCAUCUUCUCCAAGUACGGGCGGGUGGUGGGCUGCUCCGUGCACAAGGGCUACGCCUUCGUGCAGUACUCCAACGAGAGGCACGCGCGCGCCGCCGUGCUGGGCGAGAACGGCCGCGUCCUGGCCGGGCAGACCCUGGAUAUCAACAUGGCCGGGGAACCCAAACCCAACAGACCCAAAGGGCUCAAGAGAGCAGCCUCUGCCUUGUACAGUGGCUACGACUUCGACUACGACUAUUACAGAGACGACUUCUACGACAGGCUCUUCGAGUACCGGGGCAGAGUGUCCCCAGUGCCCAGGGUGGUCCCUGUGAAGAGGCCCCGGGUCACCAUCCCUUUGGUGCGGCGCGUGAAGGCCUCGCUGCCUGUGAAACUCUUUGCCAGGUCGGCCGCCAUCGCCAACAGCUCGGCCAAGCUCAAGUUGAAGAGCAGUGAGCUGCAAACAAUCAAAACUGAGCUGACACAGAUCAAGUCCAACAUUGAUGCUCUGCUGGGCCGGCUGGAGCAGAUUGCAGAGGAACAGAAGCUGUCUGCAGAGGUUCGGAAGAAGGCUGAGAGCAGCAAAAGUGAAGUGUCCCAGGAGGACACGGCGUCGGAGGCCGAGGCCAACACGGAGGAGCCGCUCAACGGGGACGAGGGGGAGGAGGAAGGUCUUGCACGGGAUGAGUGUGAAGAUGAACUGGAGAACAGCCAUUACACAGAUGUGGAGGAUGCCAGACUACAGUAACCAGCCCUCUCAGAACAGCAGUGAGCAACUGUGUGAGGAAAGCACGAGGCUAAACCCCGUCCUGGCACAUUGAGCAAGACAAGCUGAAUGGAAGUGCUGCUGUCAUCUCUACCUGGCAUCCAAAAGGAGAAACAUCGCCCGACAUCUUCCAUCCAUCUGUAAAGCAAAGACAAGGAAAACUCAUCAUCCCAGCGAAUCCCCACUGCCCCUGCAAUGGAUUGGGAGCUCUGCAGCCAGGGGAGGCAGGAGCCAAACCUGCCCAGCCCAGAGCCACCACGGACUGGAGAACAGGAGAGUGGUGUCCCCAGGGAGCCCGAGGGGUUUGCAGGAGAGUGGGGAGGACUCAGCCCAGCCCAACACUGACAUUUUUCCCCAUGUGAGGUGAGAGCCAGAGCAUUUCCUGACUGAGGGGAAAGUACUGUCUCAGUGUGGAUGGUUUGUGUUCCUGCACUGGGGAUCCCGGUGAGGAGGAGGGUGUGGGGUGAGCUGCCCUCCACAACAGUCACCUCCUGUCACUGCUCUCCUGCCCCACAAACUGCCGUGGGCCCACAGGCACUGCCAGGUGGGAAGGAGUCAGAGCUGGAGCUUGUGCUGUGCUCUGGAAGCUGCUUGGAAGAGGGAAGGGGAGAGGAAGCUGCAGGAAAGCAAGUGAUGCCAAGCAGGAGGAACAAAGCCCACGUCACCUUCAGUGGUUUGGUCUCCUCGUUGUCCCCUGGGAAGGCACCGUGUGAAGGCUGAGCAGGGGUCUGCAGAGUGAGGGGGGCUGAGGGUGAGACCCUUGGCUUGGUCCAGCUGCUCCCUGCGAGGGAUGGAGAGCACCCACUUCUGCAGCCCAGGGCCAGAGACAUCAGCCCCUUCCCUGGGGAGCCCACAGCUCCUCCUGCCCCAUCUCACACCGACCUGGCACGUCAGGAGAGCUCCAGCAGCUCCUGUUCCUGCCAUGCUCCGUCACAGCCCGCGGGGUCCCUGCAGUGGGACAGCCCCUGGGAACAGGGAAUGCUCCCAGCACAGUGCACGUGGGGGUGCAGGCACCUCCCCUGCUCCCCACAUUGCAGCGGCUCCUCAGGGGAACCCCCUCAUGCCACAGCACCCGAGAGCUCUCAGCCUUUCUCCUCCUCCUUCCUCCUUCCUGGGCUUACCCGGUUUUCCUGGGCUAGAUGGGACUGGAACUCACUGCAGCACUUUAUUCUGAUCCGACGUGUCCUGCCCACCUCCUGGCCCUCCAAAACACACACCACCCCCACCCCCCCCCCAGUGCUUUGACUCCAGCCCGGUGUCCACACCCUCUCCUUGGUCAGGCCCUCCCACACCACGCAUGGCUCCGGGUCCUUCCAAGUGCUCCAACCUCAUCCAUGGCAUCUCUGAAGGGGGAAGGGGAAAACAGGCCUGGGGGCAACACUCCAAGCCCCCCCAGGGCCACCCUGGAGUGAAGUACAAGGUUUGAUUUGCAUUUCUUAGUUUGGAAUGUUUGGUGAGGGAUCAAAGGGAUAACAGAGCUUUCCCCUCCCUGUGCCGGUUCCUGUCCAGUCUCCACUGUUGUGCUGAGCCUUGUAGAGCUGUUUUCUAGGCCUGGAGAGAUGAGCUGCAGUUUUUGCUAUGAACUGACUGUGAUGCUGAUGUUUGGGAGAAAGGUGACCUUGUACAUACAAUCCUGUAUAAUAAAAGAAAGAAAUCUAA